AUGACAGAACUCCUACUGAACCCGGAAUCCAAGAUCAAGGUCCAAGCCGAGCUGUCCCUGGUCUUUAUGAACGCUAGGGCAAUCGGUAUAGACUCAGAUGUCUGGGAAGAACCUAUGGCUUUUAAGCCCGAGAGUUUCAUCGGGUCGAAGUUGGAUUACAAGGGUCAACACUACGAGUUCCUUCCAUUUGGAGCAGGUCGAAGGAUGUGUGUCGGCGUGCCCUUGGCACAUCGCGUGCUUCAUCUGGCUUUGGGCUCACUGCUUCAUGAGUUCAAUUGGGAGUUCGAUGGCCGCAUUUAUCCGAAGACGAUGGAUAUGCGUGAUAGGAUGGGGGUGGCCACGAGGCAGUAUGUGCCCUUGCUGGUGGUGCCCAAAAGAAAGCAACAUAAGACUUGGUUCGCUUGGAAAUUUAUGUUUGCUAUGUAA